AUGCACCGUACCUUGCACGGAGAAACCUCCUCCCUGAUCUCUGGAACCAAUUGUUCCUGCCUCAUCUGCUCCACCUUAAAGUUUGGCACUCCAAGGAAGUGGAAUUCAUCGCAGGUUGGGAUGAUGAGUUCCGGGAACAGAGAAUGAAAAGCUUGGAUAGAGCCUACAAUGAUCAGAUGGACGUUGGCACUUCUCAGUUUGCUUUAUACUACAAGGACUGGAUCAAGCUCGGUGCUCAGUCUCCUGCAGUUCCCUCUGUGACUCUACCUUCAGUUGCUGUUAGUAGAAGCAUAUAUAACUCUGUGGUCAGUAUUUCUCUGGAACGGGAAGAUAUCGUUGAUACUGAACUAGUUUCUAAGACAGAGAUUGAGGGAAAGGGAGGAACUUUUGAGGCUGGGCCCUCUUUUCAUACUGAUCCAAAGCUCCAGCAGAGGCAAUCAAACUCCAUUCAGCAACACCCUUUUGUGGAACCAGCACCAGAGCCACCACCAGCACCUCCACCUCCAUCUACACCUUCAGCUCGGAGAUCAUAUUCUCUCCGGUUACUACCUUGUCAUAGCAAUUCUCUCCGGUUACUACCUUGUCGUAGCAAUUCUCUCCGGUUACUCUCUUGUCGCAGCAAUUCAAAUAAAGAUCUAAUUCAUCCCCAAAUCCCUAAGAGUGCAUCAUUCAAUGAUGUCCCUGUAUUGAAUCUUGAACGUGCCAUUUCUUUGAUCUCCAAUUCAGACAGUCUUCCUGAAUGUGAGACUGCUAUCCGUUUAAUUGCCAAGUCAUGGUUGGACUUCAGCGGAGAGUCUGUUAUCAAGACCAUAUUGUCCACUUCAUCAUUCAUUGAAGGACUUUUAGAGAUAUCUUUCACUUCUAAAGACGAUGAUGUGUUAGAAAUAGCAAUCUCCAUUUUAGCAGAAUUGGUCACGAGGAGUGAGAUAAACAGACAGGUAAUGUUAAAUGCUGAUCCCCAGCUUGAAAUAUUAUUGAGACUUUCGGAAAGAAGUAGUCUUUUCUUGAAGGUAGCAGUAUUGACCUAUCUACUGAGACCAAAGGCAAAACAGAUGCUGUCAUCUGAUUGGAUACCAUUAGCUCUUCAGGUUUUGGAGUUUGGAGACAAAAAAGAGACUUUGUUCACACUACAGUGCUGUCCAAAAUCUGCUGCGAUGUAUCUUUUAGAUCAGCUGAUUACGGGUUUCGAUGUAGAUAGAAACCUGGAGAAUGCAAGACAAAUAGUUGCACUUGGAGGGUUGAGCCUUUUGAUCAAAAGACUUGAAUUGGGCAAUGAGAGAGAGAAAGAGAUAUGUGUUUCACUCUUAGACACUUGCAUUCAAGCUGAUGGAAGCUGCAGAGAUUACAUGGUUGCUAAUAUACAGAAGGCAUCUCUUGUGCAACUUUUCUCAGGGAAUCAAUUGAAAUCUGAUGGCAGUGCCAUUUCUCUGCUAAGCGAGCUUGUUUGCCUCAAUAGAACAACUCGUAUGAUUGAGUUCCUAAAUGGGCUAAAGAAUGAUGGUUGCUUGAACACAAUGCAUGUCCUCUUGGUCUAUCUCCAACAAGCUCCACAUGAGCAACGCCCACUAGCUGCAGUGCUUUUAUUACAACUUGAUCUUCUGGGAGAUUCUUCACACUGCAGUUUCUAUGGAGAAGAAGGAAUUGAUGCUAUUAUAGUUGCCUUGGAACGCAGUUUACAUAACAAGAAAGUCCGGGAACAGUGUAGCAGAGCUCUUCUGAUCUUGGGAGGUCAUUUCUCUUCUGUUGGAGAGCCACUAACUGAGUCUUGGUUACUUAGGAGAGCAGGGAUGAGAGAUGUUCGGGGGGAUUUGUUCAGAAGUAAAUGGAGAACCAAAGAUGAGUUUGAAAGAAUGGAGGAAGAAGAAAAAUCAAGAGAUAGUUGGCUUAGGAAAUUGGCCAUCACUUUGCUGUCAAGUGGUUACAAAAGAUUUGUUGUUGCUCUUUCAAAUUGCAUAGCUGAUGGGAUUCCAGGUUUGGCUCGAUCAUGCCUCAUCACAGUAGCAUGGGUGAGCUGCUCAAUCUCCUCUUUGCAUAAUGUUAAGAGUAGUCCACAUGCUCUGGCUUGCUCGAUUCUUAGACCUAGAUUGUUAGAGAGCUUGAGCUAUGAUAAAGCAUUGGAAGAGAGGGUGUUGGCUUCAUUGUCACUGCAUAGUUUUGCUAGGCAUCGAGAAUGCCUUCAGAUGCUUUUACCGUUGAGUAAAGAGACACUUUCUUCACUAGAAGAGCUCAGUAGCGUAACUUGGACUGCUGAUGAGCUUCUCUUUAUGUGCUCGCUGUGGUUAAAUCCUCUUAAUCGAACUCCCAGAGAUCUAUUUGGUGAAAAUACAGAGUGAAGAUCCGUAUAAAAUUUUCAGAAUGCCAUGAAACAGCACAAAGUCGGAUUUUAUGUAAUUAUUUCUUUAAUAGUUUCUCCCUUGAAUUGUGUAGAUAGUCACUGUAGCUGAUACUGUAACAGUGAUUUAAUCCAAUGUUGAGUUUUAGGAGAGAUCUGCAUCAAAUUAUGAAAGAACAUACAGCUUUGUGAUUUUCAGCAA